AUGUCUGAAGUUUUUCAGAAGAUCAUGGCAUCGGUUUUCACCCAUUUACACUUGGAAAGAAAUGCUACCGGCAAUAAGGGCUACGAAGUUUUCUUUGUGUUUGAAGUUAUGUACGCUAGUGUGUAUCACUUGUUUCUCUUGUGCUACCUUUGCGCAAGCUUGCCGGCGUGCUUGCCCGAGCGGCACACCAAGUUCAAUGAUAGCGUUCUACACGAGAAGAACGGAAAUGGGGACCUAAUCGCUGAGUGGUGUAAGAAGAGUGCCAAAGAGUCCGAUGGCUUCUGCAUUAUUUGUAGUACUCCUGUGAACUGCUCUCAGCAUGGUAUCUCUGCAAUCAAGCGCCAUGCGUCGUCAAAGAAGCACGUAAGCCAUGCCUCAAAGCUUCGAAACUCUGAAGGGAGACUUCGCAAGUCAGGUCUUGUUCAAAGUAGCCUCGACUUUAGUCGAUACGAAGCAACAGUUUCUUUGGAAAGCAGCACCGUAAAGGCAGAAACUGUUUUCGCGUUGUCCGUGGUUGCAAGCUCUCUACCGUACACAUGGGGGGAUACCGCAACAGCCAUUUACCCACACAUGUUCCCAGACUCCGAAAUUGCAAGAAAUUUCAGGUGUGGACGGAAGAAAUUGUCAUACGUCAUCUCUGAUGGACUUGGUCCAUACUUCAAGUCAAAGGUGAUCGAGGAGCUUGUGCGGCCGAACGUGUUUUACGCGGUCAUGAUUGACGAAACGCCCAAACCUGAAGAGAAAGUUCAGCAGCUGGAUGUGCUUGUGCGCUUUUACUCGGACACUGCAGGACGCGUCGUCGUGGAGCAUCUUCAAUCGUUUAACCUUGGCCACGCUACAGCUGACACACUGUUUUUAUGUGUCAAAGAAGCACUUCUGGAGCUGCCCAACAGGAACUUGCUGUGCCUCUUCACCGAUGGACCCAACGUCAUGAAGAGCUUGAAACGAAAAGUCAAAGAAGAUCUGAGCCCUCAUAUGCUUGAGAUGAGCGAAUGCACGCUUCACAAGGUGCAUAAUGCAUUUGCGGCAGGCCUCCACUCCUUCUCCAGUGACUUGGAGUCCAUCGUAGCCGAUGUUCACCACUAUUUUAAAUUCGCAGCGAGAAACGCCGACAUGAAGCAAGUGCAAAAGAAGCUAGGGCUUCCUGUGCUCGAGUUUCUAAGACACGUGAACAGCCGUUGGUUGACACUACUGCCUGGACUUGAGCGACUCCUCGACCAGUUCGAAGCGCUGCAGGAGUUCUUCUCCAGAAAUAAACCUGUCAGAGCGGCGGCACUAACAAGGCAUGAACGCCUUGCAGCUGCAUUUUCUGACAAAGCCCUUCGAGCAAAGCUUCUGUUUGUGAAAAAUGCAGCAGAGCUGUUCCAGAAGUUCGAGACACUUUUCCAGAGUCAAGAACCACUGCUGCACAUUCUGUACGAAGAAAUGGUUCUUCUUGUAAAACAAGUACUCGGACGAUUUAUAAGGCAGGAGUCAUUCUCCACACUGACUGGUACUCAGCUUAAAACUCUGGAUGUUCACUCGUCGGCGCUGUGGAAGGAAAGACCAGAGGUUGGGCUCGACACAGAGAAAGCAUUAAACUCAUGGACGGCCUCCGAAAAGAAAAGUCUCUACAUCGGUGCCCGUGCGUUCUACAUUGCAUGUGUCGAUUACCUGCUUUCAAGGCUGCCUUUGGACAACAAGAUACUUUUCCAUCUGAAGUUCUUGAAAGCAAACCAUGACUCGUCCACCGUGUCUGUUCGAUACAUUGCUUGUCAACUCCCACAGGUCAUCCCAGCUGGUGAUGUGUCUGCCUUGACAGACGAGUGGAAUGCCUUAGCAUGUGAAACCUGUGACUGGAACUUGACAGAAGACCUAAACACCUACUGGAACAAGGUGUUUUCUUUGAAGAAGGCUGGCUCGAACGAGUGCAAGUAUGAAAAGCUUGUGAGGCUGGUUAAAGCUGUCCUGUCCCUUCCCCAUGGGAACGCUGACUGCGAGCGUGGUUUCAGCGAGAACAAGUAUGCCCUGCAACACCGCAGCUCCAUGAGCAUAACGAGCGUUUCUAGCCUGCGGCAGACGAAGACCUACCUGAGACGGUAUGAGGGGGAUGCUACGAAAGUAGAGCUAACCAGACCUCUCUUGAAGUGUGUACGAGAUGCUCGAAAACGCUGCAUGGAACGUGUGGAGAAGGAACAGGAAUCUCUGAAGAGUGCGAAGAGGAGACGGGAAAAUGAACCGCAUGAGAAGAAUGAGCGGAUGAAACUCGAGGAAGAGAAGUCUCACCUGCUGAGCAGGAUGUCCUCAAUGAAGUCUCUCCUAAGUAGCGCCCAAGAACUAAUUAAUCUUGGAGUCAAAAACAAGGACCUGGGGAAAGUUGAGAGUGGCAAUAUCCUUCUUGAUGAGGCAAACACAGGCUUGCCUAAGGUGCUCAAACGGAUUGAGCAAAUUGAUGCUAUUUUAAUGAAACCAAAGUAA